AGUGACAUAUUUACCAGUUACCACUAGAUUAUUUAUUUCACGUGGGUUUUCAAUUUUACAUUUAGAUUCAAAAGUUUAAAUAAUGUUCUUGUUAUUGUAAGUGAGUUAACUGUUACUGAAUAUGUCUCUUGUAUUAACAAAAGCUGCUUUAGCAUUAAAGAAUGCUGAAAGUAAAUUUCAAGUGGUUAAGUUCGAAGCACAUAAACCUAAAAAGAAAAAUGACAACGAAAGUGAUAUAAAUCUAAAUAAGAAAGAACCUCAAAUGCCUCAGUCAAAAAAGGAUGUUGAUCUAAAAAAAAUACGUCACGAAAUCGUUAGGUUUGGAAUGUCGGGUUUCAGUGGGACUAAAAAAGAAGAGGCAAAAAUAGCUUUAGCAAUUAGUUUAGGUGCCAAACCUCCCAAACGUGAAUAUAUUAAUUACAAAGAACUUAUGGAAAAGCGGAAACAGGAAAAACAGAAACUGCAAAAUGAAAAACAAUUGAUGAUGUCCAAAACUGUCCUUCAUACAGUGAAGAAAAAGAAGAAAGGGGUUAAUAAUGAUGUCGGACAUUUACUGAGUAGUUACGGCAAGGUGCAGAAAAAGGAUUUAAAACAGAAAUCAGAUAAAGGAAGUGGUAAAAAGAAAAAGAAAUAAAAUUAUCUUCAAGUA